UUUGCACCUAGCACAUGCUCUUUUUCGUUGAGUACGACAACCGUGUUACUGCGAAGGUCUGCAAGGUCUUGCAAGGGACCGUUUCUGCAAUACGCACUUCAUACCUGUUUGCCGCUCGUUCUUGCCUACAAUGAUGACCUGGAAGCACAAACCUAGAUUAAGAGGAGGAAACGAGCAACAAUACGCAACGCAGAGCAUGAACCAGUACUGCCUCUUUAAAAGUAAACCUCAUACGCCCAUGUCAGCCCACGAGUCUCGCGUACGGCGGAAAUGAAGCGGCGCCUGUCAAAUUGUUUCUCAUAGCCGCCACGCGACGUCGCCUCAGUGCAUCGACAAAGGCAAUAAAAAUCGCAUAAAGGACGCAACCUGGUACCGUUGUUGACAUCACUCGUCGCGGGUCAUCAAAGCAAACCGGCGUUGCACACCAUUCGGACCGUGCACCUUAUGAGAGCCACCCGGUGCAUAUAUGCAUAGACUAAGUCACGAAUUGAGUUUAGUAUAGCACCAAUGAACCAGCUACGUUUUUCAAAGUGCGCGGUGCUUCUCGCUGGACGGAGGAGUACCGCGACGAUAACGAGUAGGACGGUGAAGGCGACAACUAAGUUGAAACGAAUAGUGCUAGACGAGAAUAAUGACAGCAGAGCGAUUCAUGUAACGGGACAGUCGGUCAUGCUGCAAUUGAAGACACCUGCUGUGAAUCUGUGCGAAAAGCGGCUGGUGCAUACGGGAGAGCACAAGGGCGAGCGAAGACAUCAUCUGUUCCCAAGAACAACCUUCCUUUCCUGUGCUCAAGGACCUCUGCAACCUGCGCACCAAGAAGCUUGCAUCGUGGCACCCGCAAUGAGCCGACAUGAACGUAGUCCAACGCCAGUGCCAGUGCACCGACAAAACGAAAGCUGUCGUGUAUCAGACUUCUACAAUGGUCGGGAAGUGUUCAUUACAGGAGGGACAGGGUUCGUCGGAAAGGUGCUCUUGGAAAAACUAUUGAGGUCCUGCUGUGGCCUGAGACGAGUCUAUCUCCUCGUGCGUAGCAAACGCGGUGAAGAGCCUCAGGCGAGGCUCAAGAAAAUGUUCAACUCAGAAAUAUUCGAACACCUCAAGCGAGAACAGCCAGAGGCCUUUGAAAAGGUGACUGCAAUAGCCGGAGACCUGGCUCAGCCAGGUUUGGGACUCGGUGAGUCCGAUUACGCCACCUUAGUGGACAAUGUGUCCAUUGUCUUUCAUUCGGGAGCCACGGUGAACUUCGAAGAUCCCCUAAGGGACGCAUUUGAACUCAAUGUUUUGGGUACCAGGAGAGUUCUGGACAUAUGCAAGAAAAUGUCAAAUAUUCGCGCCUUCGUUCAUGUUUCAACAGCAUACUGCAACUUUGACAAGCCUGAAAUUGACGAAGUGAUCGAUACCUCAAGUGAAAAUAUCCGAAAAUUUUGUAAAAAGUAUGCAGACAAUGCUGCGAUGAUCCCUGAGGAUCAGAGCUUGCUCGGCUAUCCGAACACGUACACUCUGACCAAGAAAAUGGCCGAGUUGCUGCUGGCGGAUGAACGAGAAAACGUACCAGUAGUAAUUGUGCGAGCUUCUGCCGUCACCGCUGCGCUGAGUGAGCCGAUUCCGGGCUGGCUUGACAAUUAUAAAGCCUGUACGGGCAUCGUCGUGGCGCUGGGUACAGGCCAGCUGUCUUCAUUGAUUACGGACAAGAAGUGCUUGGCCGACAUCAUUCCAGUAGACAUUGUGGCAAACACACUCAUAUGCAUCGCCUGGCACACUUCUACAAAAAGACCGACUGGUGUGAAGGUGUACCACUGUGCGAGCGGCUCCCAGCAGCAACACACGUGGGCUGAAAUGGCUGACGCGAUGCAGAAAUCCAUCUUGCGACACCCGCUGCCAAAUGCCGUCUUCUAUCCAAAGUUCUCCGUCAACAACAUCUAUAUGUGGCAUAACAUCAACCUCUACUGCCUUCGUUACCUGCCCGCACAGGCCGCAGACCUUGGCUUGAUGCUGAUUGGAAGAAAGCCAAGAUACGUGCAACGUUACAAGAAUAUUCGCAAAGUCAUGGACAUUCCACGUUUUUUCAUUAGCCAUGGCUGGCUAUUUAGGACUGAAAAUGUUGUGAGCCUUGCACGAGAGCUCACCCCCAAGGAUAAGCAGUUAUUCAAUAUUGACGUGCGGAGCCUGGAUUGGUAUCCAUAUUGGGAUAACUAUUUAUUGGGAAUCCGCAAGUAUCUUUUCAAUGCCAAAGAUUCAGACAUCCCAAAGGAUCGGAGCCACUUGAAUAGGCUCUAUGCCAUACGCUUGUCCUCAAAGGCGCUCCUGCUUGCUUUAACGUGUCAACUACUGAUGACGACGACACUUCCACUGUGGUAAUGCAUUCCCUAAAGCCAUGUGAACGCUGCUUCUCCUGUUGGGUCAGCGGUCAACACUGCUGUGAGCAGCAGAAGUUCUGUGCCGCACAAAAACGUAUAAUACAAACUGUACAAACUGCCUUUUUAGGAGUCAAGAAUGUCAAGAAUAUCUGUAUCGGCGUACUGUCAAGUUCGGACCUGUAAAAGCAACCAUGAGAGAAGGCAUUAGGAAUUGACUAAAUCCCGUUAAGCUGUUUUGCACAACUCUUUGCCUGGGGGACCCCCCAACAAGUGUGUUACAAGUGUGGUGAACUCCAAGUGCAGGCGCAGCAGGUGGCACUGGCAGCGUGUCGAAUACAGACAUUCCUUUGCUCCCUCUGCACCGCCAAUAAAGCAUGCAGAGAGAAAGGAAUCGGUCCCCAAGUCCACCGAGUUGAAGGAACAAUAAAGCUAUUUGGUAUCGAGAGUCUGA